AUGUGUGUGCCUGACCGCCCCUCGCUGCCUAUUGACAUUGACUCUUCAAAAGAGCCUGGCCAUGCGCUGGUCGCGAUCUCGAGAUCCGACUCUAACAGCCCGAAUGAGAUGUCUUGGGGAACACUAAUCAAUCCGGAUAAGAGCCCGGCUCCAUUGUUGGAACAGUUAUGUUUGGGGAUUGCGCAGUUGAUGCCCUCGUUUGAUUCGAGUGGCACUACAGACCUCACUCCUGAACGCAUCGCCACAUUUUAUCGCAAAGUCGGCGGUAACUACGAUCCCCUGUUCCUCGGUACAAAGUCGCAAGCCUUGUCCUUUAUUUACCAGUCGCUUGGCUGCUUUCACAGCCUUCAACCCUCAACGAACCCAUACGAACCACCAUGCGUCCCAUCACUACUGCCAAAUGGCUUCGUGAGAUGGCAAACAAUUCAGAUAUUGAUGGACCCGGAUGAACACUGGCGAUAUUUGCAGAACGCGAUCGACAUGUGGGACAUAACAGAUGCAAAGGGAGAGAUUUUCCCCAAAGAAAUUCCCCGGGAUGCGUUCCCUUCGGAGCCCGACCCGGAAAUGCUGCAGUGGCAUGAGGGCGUGAGUCGUCGAUUGGAGUACGACUACAUGAAGCGGAGGACUCAGCGCGCCUCGCCGCCCAAUUUCGCCGGGUACCACUAUCGCUUCAGCGGGAAGGACCCACUCCCCGACGAGGAGGAAUACAACUCCUCUCAUACCCCGCGUCGCUCGGUAUCAAGGCCAAGGCAUUAUAGCCAAUUCGAGGCGGAGCGACCGAGUCGGAGGCGCCACAAUCGACGGUCAAGUGGCGAUUACCCUGCCUAUACCAGCCGCAGGCCUGACGGUGCUUUCUUCGCAAGACCAGAUGGAACCCGAUCUGGAUUCUCGUCCCCACGGGGGCUAUCUCCGUCAUCUCGAAUGGACCAUCACUGCCGUCCAAGAGGGCGAGAGCAGCGAUUCUGGCAUGCACGACCGGAGCCAGAAAAGUCUUCACGGGAUGCCGAAGAUGAAACCGAUCAUACAAUCCAUGAUGAUGAACCAGACCCGACACGGUCUCGACAUAGAUCCCGUCGGCAUAAUCUCUCACCUCCAUCGCAUUCUCGCACUCGACGUCAUUCUCACGAUGCAUACAUGCGCAAACCCGCUCGCGAUCUGUCCCCAUACGCAGCUCGAAGGACCAACCGUGAUCAUGACCACGACGCUCGUAUCCCCAGUACCCGCAAGUCAAACUCAGACGGGACCCCGAGGCACCAUCACAGCGAUCAUCACAACGAUGACCGAUCCCGGUCCAGACCCUCGGGCGUCAAAUUCAAGGAGUUUAUCUUUGGUGGGCCUUCUUCGGCGGCUCCGACCCAUGCACCAGACCCGCCGUCAAUGUAUACGCAUGCCCCUCCCCCAAAAUCUCCUCCUCCACGAGCAGUCCCUCGCCAUCGGCAUCAUCUAGAUCCAUAUGCAGCAGAGGACCUAAGACGUGGAAGCUACAGCGGCGGUAGCACUGGUGGCAGCCGUCCUGGAAGUGGAGGCAGCAGCUCUGAACGACCACGCUCAUUUAGUAAUGCCGGCUUUUCCCCUGCGAAAUCACGAUGGGUGAGUCCCUCGCGGGGCCCCGGGAAACGAUACAUCCCUACAAGCCUUGCAGAAGAUAUGGGAUACAUGCAUUCUCGAAGAGCUCCACCUAUAUAUGACUAA